AUGGCCAACAAGCCCCUUGAGUCCCAUGUCCAGGGCACCCUUCAGAGGGGAAAGGCCUGCCUCCGGUGCAGAAAACGCAAAAUGCGCUGUGAUGGCCAGAAGCCCGCCUGCCAACAGUGCACGCGCGCCAAGAAGGCCGACGGUUGUGAAUAUGACGAUGGCAAGGGAAAGACGCGAACACAGAUUCUGCGCGAAACCAUCGUCAAGCUCGAGAACAGAAUACGGGAGCUAGAGGAUCCAGAAUACGUAUCGCCAUCAGUAACUCUAUUCGACCCACAUUUUCAUUCGCGUUCAAAUUCCUCCUCCUCCUCCUUUGGGUCACCUGAGAGCUCGUAUUUGUCCGCCUCUCAUUCACCUUUCCCAUCCGGUACUGUUCUGUUUGCAUUCCUUAGAUCCUUAUCUUAUGCCUCAAACCGUUCUCCAGCUUCUCCUCCCGGAACAUGGGCCCAACUCCAGGGUAUGCCGUCUCCUUCGCCGGUUUCGUUUUCUUCGGACGUCUACUUUGAUGAUCAGCAAUCACCAUUCCAGCCUCCACUGGAACUAGCUCUAAUGCUUCUAGAUAUUUUUGCUCCUCAUAGUCGGCAAUGCGGUCUUGAAAUACAUAUGGGCAGACUCAGGGAGAGCCUCACCCUCCCAUUGUCUGAACAGAGACAUCCCGUCCUGAUGAAUGCUAUUUAUCUAUGGGCCUGCUUCAUCUCUCGGCCAGGUCCUCUCAGCCAGCACGAAGAUCACUAUCUGCGACACUCUUUGGACGCCUUGCCAGAGGCUCUUCGGUCCAACGAGAAGACCAUCGAUGUGAUCCAAGCGUCAUGUCUUCUGUCCUUAUACUUUCUUGCCAACGGUCGACUUCUUGAAGGCAGCUAUCAUGCUAGUGCUGCAGCAUCCAUCUGUAUGCAAGUAGGACUCGGUGGCAGAUCAACGCUGGAUAAUCAGGCAAGCUCUAUUGCCAACAUCGACUCUGAUCUGAAGCCUACUAUGAGCGAUCUUCGCGACGGAGAGAGAAUUCUUGCGUUUUGGCAAGUGUAUAACCUGGAUCGCUGUUGGUCUGUUAUUCUUCGUAAACCUUGGGUCAUCCUCGACAAGUCAGAUCCCCGCCAUUCGAUAUACUGUCCUUGGCCUCAGGAAAUUAAGGAUUACGAGAACGGACAUAUUGAUACCGUUGAUGCUCUGCCAACGGUUCGCUCCUUCUUGUCGGGAUCCGUUUCGGCUAGUAGUUUUUCGGUUCCAGCUCUACGUGUUAAGGCGUCUGCACUUUUCGCGAGCGCGGACAGGCUGUCCAGUAGCUGGACCGCAAAAAAAAUGACUACUAGUGUCAACGAGGAGAUGCGGGCGCUCGAACAUACGAUCACCCUCUUCCUGUCGACCCUGAUUCCCAUGGACCAACUGGAUGCCGUUUUGCCCGAAGAGAGACAUAGUCUGAUUUUGGUACAUACACUUGCCCAUUGUGCUGCCAUUUAUCUCUUUCGACCUUUCGCAUUGGACGAUGCUAUGUGCUUUGAUAAAAGCUCUAGAGCCUCCCGAGCAUGUAUAUCUGUCAUUAAACACAUAUCCGAUCGAGAUUUUGCAUUUCUCGAUCCCAUCAUAGGCCCAUGCUGGUGGUCUGUUGCAGAUAUUCUCAUUAGAGAUCUAGAUACAUUGGAGAGAUCUUGGCCAUUGGUGGAUCACAGUGAUCUUCGCAACGAGCUUGGUGUUCUGCUUUACGCAAUGACUAGCCUCAGCACUCGUUUCCCAGUCGUCGCUCCAGCAGUUUCAAAAGUCCAGAAGCGCCUGGCUUCACAAUAG